AUGCUCGGCGCAAUGUCCAAGCCUCCCCCGCCAGCGCCCGCUGUACCGGCCGAUGCUGUGCCAGCUGUGCCAGCUGUGCCGGACGGCGCCGCCGUGUCCGACAUGCCCGCCGCACCACUGCCCGCCGAACCGUCGUUCCUCGAUAAGAUCAUGGAACAGAACCCGUACUUUUCCGCUGGUGCCGGGUUGAUGGGCCUAGGCGUAGCCCUAACAGCCCUCCGCACAGCCGGCAAGCUCGGCGCGACUGCCGCCCGCCGGCGCAUGCUAAUAACCCUAGAAAUGACAUCCAAGGACAAGUCGUACCCGUGGUUUCUGGAAUGGAUGGCCGCGCAAUCAGCCCACGCGCGCGAAGUCCCCCCCUCUGACCGGGGUCUCUUGGGUGCGCUGAGGGGCCGUGUUACCCAGCUACCCAGUCACGAGUUGGCAGUCGAGACCAACGUAAAGCAGCAUGAGAAUGGGAGCUCGGACGCUGUUUUCAACCUUGUGCCAGGGCCGGGAACGCAUUAUUUCUCGUAUAUGGGGCAUUGGUUCCAGGUCCGGCGCGAACGUGACUCGAAACUCAUGGACCUGCAUUCCGGCACACCAUGGGAGACACUUACACUGACCGGUCUGUCGUCGUCACGUACUGUCCUUCCGUCGCUUCUGGACGAGGCGCGCGCCCUUGCUGAGCGCGGGAGCGUCGGCAAGACGGUCGUCUACACGGCUUGGGGGGUGGAUUGGCGUCCGUUUGGCAAGCCCCGCAGCCGGCGCGAAAUGGGCAGUGUCGUGCUCGCCGAGGGCGUGGCUGAGCGCAUUGAGCGCGACAUCCGCGCCUUCCUGGCUCGUGGAAAGUGGUACGCCGAGCGAGGCAUCCCCUACCGCCGCGGAUAUAUGCUGUACGGCCCUCCGGGGUCUGGCAAGACGUCGUUCAUCCAGGCGCUGGCGGGAAGUAUCGGAUACAAUAUCUGCUUGAUGAACCUCGCCGAGCGUGGACUGACGGACGACAAACUCAACCAUCUCCUGGGCCUAGUGCCGGACCGGAGCAUCAUCCUCCUCGAAGACGUGGACAGCGCGUUCACCCGCCGCGUCCAAACCUCCGAGGACGGGUACAAGUCUUCCGUCACCUUCUCGGGCCUCCUAAACGCCCUGGACGGCGUGGCGAGUUCCGAGGAGAGGAUCAUCUUCAUGACGACCAACCAUGCUGAGCGUCUGGAUCCCGCUCUCAUCCGCCCCGGCCGAGUCGACAUGAAGGAAGUCCUGGACGACGCCCACGGCGAACAGGCGUGUCGGCUGUAUACCAAGUUUUACGGACAUCGAGUUGGCGAGAAUGCUCCAGAAGACGGCCAGAGUCCGGACCCGCUGUUGCGUUCUGAACAUCUUUCAGAGGACGAGAUUAGCGCGCUGGGGAAACAAGUCGGCGAGGUCGUCGAUCGCGCUAGGGCAGAGGGGAGGAACGUUAGUAUGGCUAGUUUACAGGGCCACUUUAUUCGGUCGGGGGCGAGGGAGAGCGUCGCUGGCGUUGAUGCGCUGUGCGUCGCGAGGGCUUAG